AUGAGUGAACUAAUAAUAUUUGAAAAAGGGUUGGAGGAAAUUCGCGAAAAGAUUUAUCAACUUGAACUAACAGAAAAUGUCCUGACAUUGAAAAAGAAGAUUGAGAAAAUGAUUAUAGUAAACGGCCAGAAAAGGCUGAAUGAAAUAGAUAAAUUAAAAAACAAUUCUGACCAAAUAAAGAAUGUGUUAGAAUUAAACCCUACUGAUGAUUUACCAACUGAUUGGCAAGCUCAAUUAGCCAAAAAGGAUGAAUUAGAAGCAACCCAAAAAAAAACUAAAUUUCCCAACACAACACCCGAAAAGGCAAGAGAGGAAUUUGACGGCUUAAAAUCUAGACCAACAGGAGGUGCCAUCGCCCAAGAAGAAUAUGAUAAAAUAAGAAUUGACCUUAGCGAACAUGAAUUAAAAGAAGUAGUAUUUAUCAAUUGUCCAAAUUUGGAAUUCAUUGAUGUUACUAGCAACGGAACAAUCGAGACUCUUGACAUUGAAAAAUUAACUAUGGAUAGUGCUAACAAUCCCACUACAAAUAAAUUAAAUACAUUAAAAUGUGGGCGUAAUAAAAUUGUAAAAAUUGAUUUUACUCAUUGUCAAAAUUUAAAAAAUUUCGAAUGUCCAAAUAAUCCUACUCUCGACCGAAUUGAAAAUAUAGAUCGUGUAGAGGGAAUUGAAAUGAUAAACAUGAAAAAGAGUGGUCCAGUUAAGAUUAUGCACGAAGCCAAAGCAGCUGUUUUUAAAGGUGUGGUGAAUGAAGUCAAAGAAUUGUUUGGUGUAGAACAUGCUAGUGAUUUGCCUUUGGAGCAGUUAAUAAAUAAAAUUGUUGCUGUUCAAAGUCCUCAACUAAAAACUGGCAAAGAAAAUGCCGAAAAAGAGCGGGAUGAAGCUAAGGCUAAAUUAGAAACUAUUAAAACAGAACGGGACCAAUUGCAGCAACAAUUAACAGCAAUAAAAAGUGAAUUGGGACUUACUGAAAAUGUAACCAAAGAGCAAGUUGUAGACAAAAUAAAAGAAUUGAUGAAUAGACCAACAAGUAGUUGUUCCCAUACUGAUUAUGACACCAUAAAAAGUGACAAUGAGAGUAAAAAACGAAAAAUUGAUGAAUUGGAAAGUAAUAAAGAAAAUGAAAGCGGUCAGAAAUUCAAAAUGCGACUUCCGCGGAAAAAGGGCUUUAACAAUUGGCAGUUUGUUGAUCUUAGCUUGAGUGCUUAUGAGGCAAACCAAUUUACCGGAAAAAGAGCCAAAGAAAGAAAAAGAAAAGUAUUAGUUUAUGACUUUUCUAAGAAUGCCCGUAAUGAUUAUGAAAAAGCAGGUACUAUUCAGGCUUUUGAAGUUUGUUAUGAAUUAGCCAAAAAUACCAUCAGGAAAGUCCUAUUACUACGAGCUCAAGAAGUUCAUGUUACUCCCAAGGAAAUAUUUCGUUUAACUAACUUGGAAGGCUUAAUUCCUGACGCCGAAAUCUGA